AUGUCUCUAUAUGGGGACUUGCCACCUCCCACCCACACUACUACCUCGAGCGGUCCCUCCGAUGAGGACCAGCAGAAACAGUCUGUCUCAGACAUACAGUCAGCAAAUCCGAAGACUAAACAAUCCGCCCUCCCAGCCGGAUGGGCGUCUGCGUCGCUUCGUUUCAUGCCUCAGCGAAAACCUGUGGUGCAAGCAAAACCACGACUUGUUCCUAGAGUCACAGCUACCGCCUCCUCCACCACUGUCGCCAACUCUGUCACUACUGCUGAAAGUAAAGUCUCGACGACCAUAGUUAGUAGCACUUUAGCUACACAAGCAAAGCAGCCUAGUACUUCGGAGGAUGUGAACGAGUAUAAACAAGCUUGGGCAAAUCCUCGCGUUCAGCGGACCAGUUUUGAUAAAAAAAAGGCUAGUAAAGGCGUAAAGAAGCAAACAUCUUUGCGCAUGGAAGAUGAUUAUGAUCCUACGCGACCGAACGAUUACGAGGAAUAUAAGGAACUUGAAAAGCGACGUCGUGAAGAAGAAUUGAAUCGGCGUCAUGUAGAAAGAAAGCGUCAUCAGUCUAAUAGUCCCGGGAGUGACAAACAUUCUCCGUCAAGUCACUUUGCACCACCUUCAUCGUAUUUGGAUUCACCGCCGUCAUCAAAAGCCAGCGAGUUGGCCGAGGAUACGAGUGCGUUACGUCUCGCACCGGCUAAAAUUGACCUUGACAUUUCCGGUGAAGAAGCUUAUUUGCGUCGCGCGCGUUUGAGUAACAAGUCAGCAGUGUCUGAAAAUACUCCAAAGACACAGCCAGAGGUGCGUGCUGCUGGUCUUGGUCCUGGCGAAGAGUUUGCUCAGCGGAUGCUUGCCAAGUAUGGCUGGCAGGAGGGACAAGGCCUUGGAAAGAGUGAGCAGGGUAUUAGCGAGCCUUUAAUAGUACAAAAGACAGAUGCUAGAACCGCCAUAAUAUCAAAUGUAUCAACAAAUUCAACAGCACGGUUUAGCGAUUCGUUGGCUACGAAGGCGAAUACUGUAGAUCGUACCAAUUCACCGCCUGAUACAGAAACGAUGUCUAGAGUUGUAUUACUGACAAAUAUGGUUGGUCCGGGUGAAGUAGAUGAUAUGCUGCAAGAAGAGACAGCCGAUGAAUGUAAUGAGAAAUACGGAACUGUCGAACGUUGCCUGAUUUUUGAGGUACCAAAUGGUCAACUUUCUGAUGAUGAGGCUGUGAGAAUUUUUGUGAAAUUUGUCGGCCAAGAGGCCGCCAUCAAAGCUAAGCGUGAUCUAAAUGGUCGGUUUUUUGGUGGCCGGGCGGUUACCGCAAGAUUUUUUGACGAGGGGCGGUUUGAUAGAUUGGAUUUGGCUCCUUCUCCUUCUGAACUUCAAAGAGCCAAGAAAAAGGAUCACGGAGUUGGAUAA